AUGUGGAGAUGGCGUUUGUGUAGUGGUGUAGCGCCGAAUCGACUGAUGGCUUGCAGUAGUGGCCUUUCUCACUCCUUCCGUAGCAGCAGUACUGGGCAGCCACCCGCGUGGAUCUCCCAGUUGCGUAGUGAGGCCAAACAGUCUGAAAAGGCCAUUUCAUACGAUGUGAAGAUAUACGAUGAGAUGGCAUGGCGACGACGGCGGUUUUCUUUCGACAAGGAUUUGUGGGAUCCCUCUCGCAUGAGCAGCAUUGUGCGACGCCGAUUGUGUCUUGGCAAUGAGGAGGCGGAGUACACCAUCAUUGGCGAAGUAUUCGCAUUCCCAGACCGCGAAGACGCACCUGUUGUAAAUGACCCGAACCACACAUGUAAACUACUAUGGGAUCAUAACAGUCCUACAGAGAAGUUGCUUGUCCAGUUAUCAGAACACUUUCCACCACUCUUGUGGCAUGCGGUGAAGCCUACACUUGAAUCUUUAAAGCGCAUCUUCAGCGAGUUUCUUGAAGUAGAUGCACAACACAUGAAAAAAUAUCUUCCUUACUAUGAGUCUGUACAAAAUUCGGUAGAGACAGCAGCAAAUGAGACACUCGCUGGUACACUUAGUCCUUCCAGUUUGAAGAACCGAUUUGUAGAGGAUAUGCGUCGACGUGAUCCUAAGACUCUUGAGUUGGAUUUUCCUAACGAACACAAUCUUUUCCUUGGUACUGCACCACACUUUAGACUUGUAGAAGAUAAGAUGAUGAAGUCUAAUCCGUUCGUCUUUGGUUGGCCACUUUUACUGAGCGAUGGUAACGAAUACCUUGAUGGUACACCGUUACGUAUGGCUGCUUUUCGUACUGUGUAUUCCAAAUCUAUACUAAUGUUUCAUACACGUUUGGAUUUGCAGGUAGAUCACCGCCUAUCUUGUCUUGAGGAUGGAGACAAUGAAGAAAUACUACUGGAUGUCCCUAUUUUUUGCACAGUUAACUAUCCUCAGAACACCCGUAUGUGUGGCGGAAGACCACUUGUACAGCGGUUUAACGAUACUAUGGGUACUUCAUACCCACUUGAUACCCCUGUUGAUGUACUCGCUGCGUUGGCGAAAGAAAAUACCGUAAAGGGAGAAAAGGAAUUACUUGAGGAACUUAAAUUUCUUACAGUAGCAUCUGAACGGACUCCAGAUACAGAACGUGUUUUUCGCGUCUCUGAAGAUCAAUUGAGUUCUAAUCGUAUUAUUGGCUUACUUGCUUAUACCAUUAUUUAUCUUGCCUUAGUAAACUACGACCGUUUUGUUGAAGAUGUGUUUAAUGUUUACAAGAUACACAAGAGUGAUUUGGUGCGGGUGGCAUGCGCAAAGGGGGCACAUAUUGUUGAGCGUCCAGAUCUCAUCAAGGAUCUUAUUGCGGUAGAGCCAGAAGGACGUUGUAAGAAGUUAUUACAGGCAUCCAUGCAUGGUGUCACAGAAGCAACAACCACGGUAUCCUAA